GCAGGGCCAGGUAGAGUAUAAAGGACCGGUGUGCCGCGAGCAGCACUCGGGACUCCUCCGGGGUUGCAGCCCACGCAGCACUGCGUAGUACUCUGCCCACGCCAGGGUCGCCCCGGCAACCGCCAGCCCAGCCAAUCAGCGCCCCGGACCGCGUCAGAGCCAUGGCUGCCAGAAAAGCACUGAUCGUACUGGCUCACUCAGAGAGGACAUCCUUCAACCAUGCUAUGAAGGACGCUGCUUUAGAGGCUUUGAAGAAGAAAGGAUGGGAGGUGGCCGUGUCGGACCUCUAUGCCAUGAACUUCAAUCCCAUCAUUUCCAAAAAGGACAUCACAGGUAAGCUGAAGGACCCUGAGAACUUUCAGUACCCUGUGGAGUCUGUUCUAGCUUAUAAAGAAGGCCGUCUGAGCCCGGAUAUUGUGGCUGAACAAAAGAAGCUGGAAGCUGCAGACCUUGUGAUAUUUCAGUUCCCACUGCAAUGGUUUGGAGUCCCUGCCAUUCUGAAAGGCUGGUUUGAGCGAGUGCUGAUAGGAGAGUUUGCAUACUCAUACGCUGCCAUGUAUGACAAGGGACCUUUCCGGAAUAAAAAGACACUGCUUUCCAUCACCACUGGUGGCAGUGGCUCCAUGUACUCUCUGCAGGGUGUCCAUGGGGACAUGAAUGUCAUUCUCUGGCCGCUUCAGAGUGGCACGCUGCAUUUCUGUGGCUUCCAAGUCUUAGAACCUCAACUGACAUACAGCAUUGGACACACUCCAGCAGAUGCCCGAAUUCAGAUCCUGGCAGGAUGGAAGAAACGUCUGGAGAAUAUUUGGAAUGAGACACCACUGUAUUUUGCUCCAAGCAGCCUUUUUGACCUAAACUUCCAGGCAGGGUUCGUAAUGAAAAAAGAGGUACAGGAUGAACAGAAAAACAAGAAAUUUGGCCUUUCUGUGGGCCAUCACUUGGGCAAGUCCAUCCCAACUGACAACCAGAUCAAAGCUAGAAAAUAAAAUUCACCAGAUUUGAUUUCCUCCUAACAUGUAGUCAAAUCUGGUUAUCUUUUCGGGCUUCCUUGACUUACUUUAGUUUUUAAGAUCUGGGUUUUUCUUUUUCCACAAGGAAUGAAUAGGAGAGGGAAUAGAUUGUAUUAAUACAUUUUUGGGUAUUUUUAUUAUUAAACAUAACUGAUUCUUAUGAUUGCUGUCAUGGCAUGUAACCAAAAUCUGGCUUGGGCUCAAGAGGCCACAUAGGGAAAGGUAUAGAAAGAUGCUGGAAUAUAUUCUUGAAGGGCAUAGACACAAUUUAAUUCCUCUUCGUAGGGCUAAAUUUUUAGGUCAAAAUCUGGCUAGGUAGGAUUCAACUCUCCAGUGAUCUAUUUCUUUUAAUUAACUCUCUGUAGUUUAUGGCAAGAGGGAAUUGCUCAGAGAAAGAAAUGACUGAAUCUAUCGUAGAUAGACCUAAGGGACUUGUUUAGUAGUUAGUAAUCUAAUGCUUGUUUAUGGUACAUAUUGGUUUCAAUUACUACAUGACUAAUAUGCCUAAUACGAGUAUUACUCUUCCUUCAACUUUUGUUGUUUGUAUACAGUACACAGAUACCAUGAAAGGAAUAGCUAAUAAGUCUCUUCUUUAUCUCAAUCUUCUACUUUAAUGUUUGCAGAAGUAAACUAAUACAUUCACACCCCACAUCUGCUAUCCUGAGUGAAUUCGAGAAAGGAAAUAGUACUUUCAAUAUUGAAAAACAACCUUCCACAAAAAAAUACUUUAUUUCUGAUCUAUACAAACUUCUGGAAGGUUAUUUUCUAUAUCAUUGCUGGACUGAUGACUUUCAAGGAUGUGUUUUGGUCCCAUGACAUUUGGGAUAAAAGUGUAAAUCUAGAGUUUUGUUAACUUUGGUGAACAAUUUUGGCAUGAUACCCUAAUUUCUAUUUAAAUUCUUGAAGUGCAUCUCUUCCCACCGUUGGCAUAAUUCAAGUAGAAUAUGAUAAAAGACUGCCCUCUUGUGGUGCAUUGAAAGAAAAUAAGAGAAAUGAUGCAAAACAAGGUUGCCUGAAUAACGGGAUACACAGCCUCUUACCUGCCAAGGGAAUGAUGGCAUCAGGCCGGGUUGGAGAACUGCAUCUACCAGAUGCCAACAGCACUGGAUAUUUUCACUUGACGAUAUCCACAGUAGCAGACGGCUGGGUGUUUCGGUUUGAAAAUAUUUUCUGUGGCCUUCAUCUUCACUGCAAUUUUGUAUAAAAUUUCUUAAAAUUCCAAAUUAAAUAAAUAAAAUUCAUUUCUACAAAA